AUGGCCGCCAUGCGGGAAAUCGCCGAUGUAAAAUCCUUCGAAGAAGUUUUAAAUAGUUCAGGAAGCCAGCUGGUGGUUGCACAUUUCUCAGCAGCAUGGGCUCCUCAAUGUAAGCAGAUGAAUGGGGUCCUAGAGGAGCUUAGUAAAGAUACACAACUAGCCAAGUCUCUAUUUCUUAAGGUAGAAGCAGAAGACCUUCCAGAAUUGUCUGAAAAAUAUGAAAUAGCAGCUGUACCAACCUUUAUAUUUUUCAAGAACAAGUCUAAGUUGGACCGGAUUGAUGGAGCAAAUGCAGCAGAGUUAACUAAGAAAGUGAAAACUUUAUCAUCAUUAACAAAUGUCCCUGUACCUGAUCAACAGCCUACCCAAAAACAGGACAUUAAUGAGAGACUGAAGAUGCUCGUCAACUCUGCUCCUGUGAUGGUCUUCAUGAAGGGAUUUCCAGAUGAACCAAAAUGCGGAUUUAGCCGACAGUUGGUACAAAUCCUUAAUGAGAGGAAUGUUAAGUUCAGCUCAUUUGACAUCUUGGGGGAUGAUGAAGUACGGCAAGGUUUAAAGAAAUAUUCAAACUGGCCAACAUAUCCUCAACUGUAUGUCAGUGGUGAUCUUCUUGGAGGACUUGACAUCAUCAAGGAACUCAUAGAGUCUGGCGAGUUUGAGUCUCAACUUCCUGAACAAGUUCAACUAGAAGACAGAUUAAAGUCCUUGAUCAAAAAAGCACCUGUGAUGUUGUUUAUGAAAGGAGAUCGGCAUGUUCCCAAGUGUGGAUUUAGUCGCCAGGUGAUCACGUUGCUAGGAGAAACAGGAGUUCAGUAUGAGACAUUCGACAUACUGGCAGAUGAUGAAGUACGGCAAGGAUUAAAAAAGUUUUCAAACUGGCCAACAUAUCCACAGCUUUAUGUAAAUGGAGAACUGGUUGGUGGUCUUGACAUUCUCCAGCAAUUAAAAGAAUCUGGAGAACUAGAGACUAUAUUAAAGGAAGGACAAUAGACUUGAUAGUGACAACAGUGUAGAUAGCUGUGAAUGGCAGAGAUGAAAUAAUCAUUGUGGGAGGGAAGAGGCGGGGGAAAGUGGUGGGAUACCUUAAACAACAGGGUGUGUUUGGGAUGGGGAUGGGGUUGCUUCAUGUGUCUCAAGUUUAAUAUCAAUAUUUACAUCUACACAAUACUACUAUUGCAUUUUUUAAAAACUUUGUUAAUGUUGGAUAAUGAUUGAAGCAAGAUCAUUAUCUGUGUCUACAUUAACACUGUGUACUUGUACCAGGGCCCUGUGUUACUAUCAGGCUGUCCUAUCAGAAUGACAGUUACCUCUGUCUACAUUAACACUGUGUACUUGUAUCAGGGCCCUGUGUUACUAUCAGGCUGUCCUAUAAGAAUGACAGUUACCUCUGUCUACAUUAACACUGUGUACUUGUAUCAGGACCCUGUGUUAUUAUCAGACUGUCCUAUAAGAAUGACAGUUACCUCUGUCUAUACUAACACUGUAAUUGUACCAGGGCCCUGUGUUAUUAUCAGACUGUCCUAUAAGAAUGACAGUUACCUCUGUCUAUACUAACACUGUAAUUGUACCAGGGCCCUGUGUUACUAUCAGACUGUACUAUAAGAAUGACAGUUACAUCUGUCUACAUUAACACUGUGUACUUGUAUCAGGACCCUGUGUUAUUAUCAGACUGUCCUAUAAGAAUGACAGUUACCUCUGUCUAUACUAACACUGUAAUUGUACCAGGGCCCUGUGUUACUAUCAGACUGUACUAUAAGAAUGACAGUUACAUCUGUCUACAUUAACACUGUGUAAUUGUAUCAGGACCCUGUGUUAUUAUCAGACUGUACUAUAAGAAUGACAGUUACAUCUGUCUAUACUAACACUGUAAUUGUACCAGGGCCCUGUGUUACUAUCAGACUGUACUAUAAGAAUGACAGUUACCUCUGUCUAUACUAGCACUGUAAUUGUACCAGGGCCCUGUGUUACUAUCAGACUGUACUAUAAGAAUGACAGUUACAUCUGUCUACACUAAC